AAAGGCUUUGUAUGGUCUGUCCUUGAGGGAGGAGAUAAGAGGCUCUGUGUUGGCCUUUGAACUACAAAGCAUCAAUGACAAAUUUCUCUGACCGCUAAUUGACAAUUCUGCUUUGAAGAAACAACAGUUCUUUUAGCUAUUUAUGGGCCUGCUUUGAGUCCAUGUAUGUGUGAUCUGUGAUGUGGUCCUUAUUGCUUAGAUCCAAUGUCACACCCUUUUCUGUAUCCUGUUGCUUUGUCUUCCAUUCUAUUUGCAUGCCAAGCCUUUAAUAAGCCCAGCAGCUGCCCUUUCUUCAAUUUGAAUUCUAAUGAUCACUUUCAAAGGAAAGCGGCCCUAUCUCAAGUGUAGGAAGAGCCUGUCUAAGAAGAGCCUGUUGUCUGGCUCCCACUUCAGAUGCCUUUCCCCGGCACUGGCCAAGAUCACCUCCAAGUUGUGUCUGGAUUUCUACAAGGACAGGGAGAGAAAUGUAUCUGAAGGAUUAAGGUAAGAGUCCAGGCUAUGACUACUGGUCUGGUCAGUUGUCUCAUGCUUUGGGUCGAUAGAGCAGAGAAAAUGACAAUAAUACAUACAAUAGUUUUUCUUUUUCCUUAAAAGUCACACGAUUGGGUACAUUUUUUUUGAGCUAGCAAAGAGGGUCAAUAGCAGUUCAGUUUAAAGGCAAUAACUUAAAAUGCAUUUAACCAGUUCCUUGUGGAGUUUCUUGAAUAUUGUGUAGUUGCUUGAUAAAUUAGACUAGGUUUCUUGUCCUGAAAUGCUUUCAAAGGUUAUCAGUCAUAUGUGGAGGGCAAGUAUUUGUGGUGCAGUUGUUAAAAUAAUGGAAAACUCACUAAGUCAGGAGACGGAAAUUAUGAAUCAUGACUAAUCUGUGAUAUUGAUUCUAAUCAUUUUCUUAAAUAAAUAGUACUGUGUAUGUUUUAGCACAGUUGGCAAAUACACAAGGCUACAUAACGACAAAAAAGAUUUGAGUACAAAAAAAAAAAAAUGCAAUGUAAAAAUGUCGAAAUAGUGUAUUCAACAUUGAUGCGGCAGUUAUUGUUGACAAGUUUUAUUUUAUUCAAGCCAGCCCUACAUCCUUUCAGUAGCAAUGGUGAUAUCCCUGUUGGAGGAGGAUUCAUAUCAGAGGGGCUCUCAUCUGGUUUUGACAGGGGCUCUCUAGUCUCACAAAAUGUCUCUGUUAGAAGUCCUAUUUUUGCUUUAUAUCUUUGUUAGCUUUUGCCCUCAACUGUAGUGCACACUGCUUUAAUUCACUUAAAAAGCCUUCAGAAAAUUGUCUUUAUGAUCAGAUGACACUUUACAACUUUGAGGGAGUUAAGUCAAUGUCUUUGUAUUGUAUUUGUUCAUGUUUUCUCUACUUUCUUGCAGAUUAUUCUUGUGUUAACGCAACACCCUUUUAGCUGGAUGACUGUAAUACACCAUGCAUUGGCAAGUGCACAUGGUUACACCAAUAUAAGAGGUUGCUUUGGGAAACAUUUUUAUUAGAAUCUGGAUUCCUUCCUAGCAAACUCUUUGCAGUUCAUCAGUGUAAACAGUGUUAAAAGUGACGAGAUUUUCCCAACUGCCUUCCCAGCAUCACAGUAUUGAAAAACCUGGACAAAAUCAUCGGAUUAUUCAAAAAUUCUUAGUUAACUAACAAAAACAAAAAGUUUAAUAAAAACACAAUUAAAAACAACUAAAUAUGAAUAACAUUUUCAAAACGUACAGGAGCCAUUAAGUUAAGCUUCCAGCGGAUCUGGGGCAUCAUCCAACUGGGUGCUACACAUUAGAGGCUCCCCCCUCCCACCACCGUUUGGAUCGUUCUACUUCCAUUCUUGCAUCAACUCCCUGACUUUUACAUUUUCUUGAAUCACAUUUUAUUAAUUGAAAUGUGGUUCCUUGUAUGUAUUACUGCAAUUUAGCUUUCAGCUGCCAUAAUACACAUGAAAUUAAAUAAACCAUCAUCAUCAUACAUUAAUCAUGAGGCUGGUUCUAGUCAAACCCACCAAUGCAACACGUCGGCUUGAUUCAACAGGAGACGCUUGCAAUGACCGAGACCCCGAUCACUGCAACUCAAGAGGGCAGUUCCUACCAGACAAAGCCCCUGAGGUCAUGCAGGAUUGCUACUCUGGAACUGCCCUCCACCACCAAACGUUAGUACCAGAGCAGAGCACUAACUGCAUGUCCCCUUCCACUUCUCUGCCACUGGCUACUCCGAAUGGAGUCGCUCCACCAAGGAAAUCUCCACCAUUAAAAACUACACUUUCACAUCUGAGCAAUCAAGAUCUCCUCCGAUUUUGUCGCCAGGUGGGUGGUACUCUUGAACUGCAGUGCGGAAGCCCACUCAUGGCCGAGUGGCAUGGGACCACGGUGGAACGUCUUGAUGACGACUGUGGCUCUGUUUGCUAUUCUCCUAGUACAAAACAUGGUUCAGGGGUGGCAGGUUUCCAGCCACGAUCAAAGCAGGGCUUCCUGAAGGACUGCCUCUCCACAUUUUCUAAGAAGGGAACUCCUCCUUCUCUGCAGUAUACUCACUCCUAUCCUCAGAACACCCUGGCCUCAUCGUCAUCCCAGUUUUUCAGGCAGAAACCAAAUCAAGCGGAUCCCUCAACAGAGACCAUCGAUCACCAGCAGGACAAUUUCAAAUCCCGAUACAGAGGAAAAGACUGGGUGAAGGAGUAUAGUCAAUGGCAGCAGACCCAUAAUCAUUUCAAGCUUAAAGAGCAUAAUCUACCACCAGUAUUGACUACUGAAAAACCAGAACCUUCACUCAAUAUACCUAUGAAUGGCAAUGAGUUAAGUGAAGUUAGGCAGCUCUUGGUUUUGUCUCAACCUCAGAACCAGCAGCAACCUCCCAUAGAAACGCAACACCAAUGGAUGUUAAGGAAUGGUUUACCUAGCUGCUGUGCGAAUGAGGGUGGAGUACAUUGUGGGAGCCAACAACAUUCCUUACACCAGCAUCUACAUCAAGACUCUGAAUGGGAGCAUUGUUGUGACCAUUUUAGCACCCUAAAAUGCCAUCAGUUUUCUCUUUACCCAUCCAGCAGCAGCAGCCCACGAGUGAGGAAUUCAUCCGUGGCUACUAGCAACAAAAGCAGUGUUCACUCCUCUUCCAGUUGCCAUCGGUGGCCUGUGAACCAUAAUCUAGUGGGGAAAAGGCAACGACAAAGAGAGCAGCAGGUACAUCCUCAUACCAAAAAGCUUGGCUAUGUUGGAUUGAUGCCUUCCCUGUCCAAGAGCAGUAGCCCACUCCUUCCUGACACAGUUGUGACCAGCGCUAAAUACAGUGGGGAUGUUGGGAGACCCCUGAGCAGCCUUGGAGCUUCGCCACCAAACCUUUCAGAGCUGGACUCCGAGAGACAAGAGCCCCAUCAGACACUCCAAAGGUCUGUCUUGGAGGAGGUGUUCUCGAAAGGCUUUAGCGAGAACAACAGUAAGGCCAACAGCGAAGGAGGAAGAGACACGCCACAGAAGAGGACCAAGGACAUUGGCUAUAGAUUAAGCCAGCGUAGGGCACUCUUUGGAAAGCGCAAACAGUUGAGCGACUAUGCCUUGAUCUUUGGGAUGCUUGGGAUCGUCAUCAUGGUGAUGGAGACGGAAUUGUCCUGGGGGGUUUACACGAAGGAAUCCUCAUACUCAUUCUCUCUGAAAUGCCUUAUCAGCCUCUCAACUGCUAUAUUGCUCGGACUAAUCGUGAUGUACCAUGCACGGGAAAUACAGCUCUUCAUGGUGGAUAAUGCAGCUGAUGACUGGAGGAUUGCCAUGACGUAUGAGCGGAUCUUCCUAGUUCUGCUGGAGCUGCUGGUCUGUGCCAUCCACCCCAUCCCGGGCCAGUAUGUCUUCACCUGGACGGCCCGGCUGGCCUUCACCUACAUGCCCUCAGUAACUGAUGCCGACGUGGACAUCGUCCUCUCCAUCCCCAUGUUCCUCAGGCUCUACCUGAUCAGUCGCGUCAUGCUGCUGCACAGCAAGCUCUUCACAGACGCCUCGUCGCGCAGCAUCGGCGCAAUCAACAAGAUCAACUUCAACACGCGCUUCGUCAUGAAGACUCUCAUGACCAUCUGCCCCGGCACCGUACUGCUGGUCUUCAGUGUCUCCUGUUGGAUCAUUGCGUCAUGGACAGUGCGUGUCUGUGAGAGAUAUCAUGACACACAGGAAGUGACCAGUAACUUCCUUGGGGCCAUGUGGCUCAUCUCUGUCACCUUUCUCUCCAUUGGUUAUGGAGACAUGGUCCCUCACACUUACUGUGGAAAGGGUGUGUGUCUGCUGACUGGAAUCAUGGGGGCCGGCUGCACUGCCCUGGUGGUUGCUGUAGUUGCCAGGAAGUCAGAGUUGACUAGAGCUGAGAAGCACGUUCACAACUUCAUGAUGGACUCUCAGCUCUACAAACGAGUGAAAAACACAGCUGCCAAUGUACUCAGGGAGACAUGGCUGAUCUACAAACACACGAAAUUAGUCAAGAAGAUCGAUCACGCCAGGGUACGCAAACAUCAGCGGAAAUUCCUGCAAGCCAUUCACCAAUUGCGCAGAGUCAAAAUGGAACAGAGGAAACUCAUCGACCAGGCUAAUACACUUGUGGAUCUAGCCAAGACUCAGAACAUGAUGUACGACCUGGUGUCUGAUCUGCAGCGGCGCAGCAAGGAGCUGGAUAGGAGGAUCGGUAGUCUGGACGACACACUAGACUCCAUCCUAGUCAGUCUGCAGACCCUGCCCAGCCUGGUCUCCCAGGCCGUCACACAACAGCACAGGGACUUUCUGGAUGGCUUGGCCCCCCGUGUUCAGACAUCCUCGAAGGGAUGGGUUCCCGCCAGGUGCAAACGGUCCCCCGACACUGCACCACAGACCAUACCUUACAGCUGACAGCCAGUGCCAUCUCCACUGUUGUGACCUCAAAUUAUGCAUUUAUUUAAUAUUGUAUUUGAUACUAGCCAGGGACAUUCUAGCCUCUGUUAGAUCUCUCCAGCACCAUCCCGCAGUUGUUUACCAAAACAAGUAACAGGGUGGCCGAUUUAAAGGUUUUCAGAAUAAAAAAU